CGCCAGGAAGCAGUCGGGCGCCGUGCCUCUCGGAGCUAUGCCUGUCCCAGACCAGCCUCCAUCAGCCUCCGAGAAGACCAGCUCUCUGAGCCCCGGCUUAAACACUUCCAACGGGGAUGGCUCUGAAACGGAAACCACCUCAGCCAUCCUUGCUUCAGUCAAAGAACAGGAAUUACAGUUUGAAAGGCUGACCCGAGAGCUGGAGGCCGAACGCCAGAUCGUAGCCAGCCAGCUGGAGCGAUGCAAGCUUGGAUCGGAGGCAGGCAGCAUGAACAGCAUCAGUUCAGCAGAAGAGCAGUUUCAUUGGCAGUCACAAGAUGGUCAAAAAGAUAUUGAAGAUGAGCUGACCACAGGCUUGGAGCUGGUGGAUUCCUGCAUUCGGUCACUACAGGAGUCAGGAAUACUUGACCCACAGGAUUAUGCGACAGGUGAAAGGCCCAGCCUGCUCUCCCAGAGUGCACUUCAGCUCAAUUCCAAACCUGAAGGGUCUUUCCAGUAUCCGGCCAGCUACCAUAGCAACCAGACUUUGGCCCUGGGUGACACAACCCCCUCCCAGCUCCCACCCCGCAGCGGCGCUCAAGCCCGGGCUGCCGGCCAGAGCUUCAGCCAGUCUUCAUUUAGGCCAUGUCACAGGUAUAAAUACAACAUCAGCUCACUUCUGCCAGAGGCCGGUGUGUUCGUUGUUGGAAUGUUAGAACCUUCUGUGCGGUCCCACUGGGCAAAUGCGAAGGGCGAGGGAGAGGAGACUGUGCGAAGCUUUGAAGACCACUGGAGGAAGCCAGAGGCUCACCCAGUGGAGGUGCCGCUGCAUGACCAGAAGUCCCAGUGGACUGAAAGAGAAAGCACAUGCAAAGGUUAUCCAAGACUUUCCUCAGACAUAGGUCAUUCCUAUAUUUCAUAUCAGAAGGAGUACUGA